AUGUCCAAAAAACAGAUUUACUAUUCUGACAAGUACAGCGAUGAGGAGUUCGAGUACAGGCAUGUCGUGCUUCCAAAGCAGCUGUCUAAACUGGUGCCUUCCUCCCACCUGAUGACAGAAGAGGAGUGGAGGGGAUUGGGGGUGCAACAGAGCCAGGGCUGGAUUCACUACAUGGUCCACAAACCAGAGCCUCACAUACUGCUUUUCAGAAGGCCUCUCCCAAAGGAUUAAACGGGAAACAUCUGUGAAAUACCUGCUAUCAUCUUUGCUGAUUUGUAUUGUCUUCAGACCAUACAACUCUCCUACAUACAUCUCUACAUUUGUUCUAAUGUAUUGUGUAGAAAACCCUUAGUUGUAUUGCUUUUUUUGUUCUUUCAAACUCCCUCAAUUUUUAGAGGUAAUGAGAGGCAAUUAUCUUGAUUCCACUGUAAAUGAUAACCUUAUAAACAAUAUGAAGGUGAAAGUUUGUCAAUUGUAUAUUUUUAAUACAUUUUUUAAAAAAUGACUUUUUGUUAUGAUUGAUUUAUUUACUGAGUGGUCAUAAAAGCAUAGGAUUUUUUAUUUUCCUUAAGCACAUGAUUUUUCCCAAAAGAGUUUUCUGUCUGAACAUUUUCUGUUCUUUAUACUUAUGUUUGUGUUAUGUAAAUAUUAUUUCUAGAUAUUAUACAUUUUGAGUCAUGGUUGAUUCCACAAGUUCUUUGCUGCAGAAAGAAC